AUGUUAGAUGUAACGGAUACACAAAAAAUUGGUAUAGGAGUAACUGCAUUUGGAAUGUUCUUCCUCUUUCUUGGUAUGCUUAUGCUUUUUGAUAAAGCAUUACUGGCGGUAGGCAAUAUUCUAUUUCUAUCUGGCAUUGGUAUGGUUAUAGGAUUAGCUAGAACAUAUAGCUUUUUCUUUCAACGACAUAAAAUGAAAGGAACUGUAUGCUUUUUCUUGGGUAUUGUAAUUGUAAUAUUUGGUUGGCCAGUCGUAGGGAUGGUCAUCGAAGCCGGGUUCUUGCCUGUUGUUAUCAAUUUUCUGCGUCGAGUACCAAUUGUGGGUACAUUUCUUAAUUUACCUGGGAUAAGUGGAGUUAUUGACCGAAUCAUUGGACCUCAUUCAGUGAUCUAA